AUGGCGAAUGCAAGAACACUAAGGGAGUUGGCUGCUCCGGAAUUGCCCCAGCAGCCGCUGUGCAUCACAUUUCCAACUCUAGCUGAAAAUGCCUCAUUCGAACUAAAGUCGGAGUUGAUUCACCUUUUGCCCACAUUCCAUGGCCUUUCGGGGGAGGAACCCCAUAAACACAUUCAAAAGUUCAAUGUGGUAUGCUCCAGUAUAAAGUCUCCAGAAAUUACUGAGGAGCAGAUCAAACUUAGAGCCUUCCCAUUCUCCCUCAAGGAUGCAACAAAGGAUUGGUUGUACUACUUACCUGCAGGCAGUGUUACAACAUGGACCCAACUGAAAAAGAAAUUUUUGAAAAAAUUCUUCCCUACAUCCCGGGCUGCAAGUCUGAGAAAGGAGAUUUGUAGCAUUAAACAGUACCCUGGAGAAUCCCUAUAUGACUAUUGGGAGAGGAGUAUCAUUGAUCCUGCGAGCGGGGGAGCAUUGGCAAAUAAGACCCCGAGGGAAGCAUGGUUGCUCAUUGAAACUAUGACAAAAAAUUCACAACAGUUUGGCUUCCGCGAGAGUAACCCUACCCGUAGGGUUAACAAGAUAGAGACAUUAUCCAUUCAGCAGCAGCUAUCAGAGCUAACAUCUUUCGUUCGCCAAUUAGCUGUGGGAAACGGGCACCAAGCAAAGGCCUGUGGAAUCUGCACAAAUGUGGGUCACCCCACUGACUCAUGCCCUAUGUUGCAAGAGGAUGGGGCUAAACAUAUGAACAUGACUGGAGGCGUGCCCGCGCCUCGUAGGCAGUACGACCCACACUCGAACACGUACAAUCCGAGUUGGAAAGAUCACCCCAAUUUCAGCUAUGAUAAUAGGCCACAGAAUUCAUUCUCCAAUCGUCCACCAGGAUUUCGGCAACCAUGGCAACCAAAGCCACAACCUUUAUCAUCUAACUCAGGAAGUUCCUUGGAGGAAAUUGUCAAGAGUUUGGUCACGACUACCACUCAGCUCCAACAGGAGACUAGGGCCCUGGUCGCGAACAAUACUCAGUUCCAGUAG